AUGCAUCCUCUCUUUCAGCCUCCCGACGACACCAGUCUCUCCUCCCUGCUCGAUACCUUUCCCUGCCGAGAACCCCAGAUUCGAUCCCUUACAAACCUCAUUGCUCCCACUUCCGCACCAUGUCGCAACAUCGUCCUCCACGGAACAGAGGCGACGGGCAAGUCAGCCAUUGUCGAAGCGCUGCUGCGUCAAUUGGCCUCACCCCAUGCUGGCAGCGACCGGCGCAGCAUCGGUGACAACUACGCCAUCAUGAACUCGAUACAAUGCAUUACGGCGAGGCACCUCUUUGAAAGGACACUCAAUGCCGUUGUGGACGCCCUCGGAUGGCAUACGCGGCCCAGAGCCUGCGAAACCACCGCCCAGCUCGCCGUUGAGCUCUCCAAGAUGCUGAAGGACGGCCAAUCCCAACCACCACAUUCGCGCUUCGUCCUCGUCUUCGACUCGAUCGACCGACAAAGAGAGGCGCCGCACACCCUGCUGCCCGCCCUCGCACGGCUGCCUGAGCUGGCAUACCCACAGAUCCCCUCGCUGACCUGUGUCUUCAUCCUGACAACGCCCCCAGCGGGUUUCUUGCGAACCUCCUUUGUGCCUCACAUACACUUUCCCAACUAUUCCAAACCCGACUACGUCAAGAUCAUGGCCCCCUCCAUACCCGCGCCGGUGCCCAACACGACCGAGGACGACAUGAAAUUCCUCUGGCCCCGUUUCUGCGCCGCCGUCCAUGACGCCCUGGCCGUCUCCGCCUCUCGAACCCUGCCCGCCCUGCGCCGCGCCUGCGAUAUUCUCUGGCCGCGCUUCACGGCACCCGUCGCCGCCGGAACCCACGGCGCCCGCGAGUUCUCCAAGCUCCUCAUCCACGCCCGCGUCCACCUGCAAGACGAAUCUAUCCUAAACCCGAGCAUCAUCGCCCUCAGGCCAACCGCCAACGCCGCCAAUGCCGCCAACACAAGCAGCAGCACGACAGCCACCACCACGACGACCCCCAGCAAGGGCCAAACACCAACAAGAACCACAGCCAAGGCGGUGCCGACCCAGCAGACCACGCCCGACCUCGCCUCGCUCCUCCCCACGACGGCCCGCCUCCUGCUGCUGGCCGCCUACCUCGCCUCCCACAACGCCACGCGCCACGACCUCGCCCUCUUCUCCACCUACCACCACGGCCGCCGCAAGCGCCGCGGCGGCGGCUUCGCGGCGCCCCGCUCCGGGACCGGCCGCGGCGCCAAGCAGCAGCACCGCAAGAUUGCGCGCAAGCUCCUCGGCGCCCACGCCUUUGUGCUCGAGCGCAUGCUCGCCAUCUUCGCCGCCGUGCGCGCCGAGUGGGCAGACGGCGGCGGCGGCGCGACCCUGCGUCUGCUCGUGCGCGUCGGCGUGUCGGGCGACGUGACGGACCGCGGCGGCAAGUGGCGCAUCAAUGUCGGCUGGGACGUUAUUCGCGGCGUCGGCAGGAGUAUCGGCGUCGAGGUCGAGGAGUGGCUGAUUGACUGA